GACGUGUAAAGUUGUGGACUGCAAGAACAUAUUUCUGCCCCUGACGGUGGUAAUUAUUCAACGAUAUCUGAAACAAGAUCUAUUAUGGAAUUAUUAAAAUUACUGUUAGAUGUUAAUCUAAUAUUCAUUGCUGUAAAGACUGUUACCGGCAGAGUCUCGUUGGUUGAAACAAAUUGUCAUAAAGAUAUGCAGUCACUAAACCUAUCGGGCUAUGAUAUCGACUUAACGCCAUUUAUCAAUGAAGAUGAUUAUAAAAAUACAACUGUUUAUGAAAAUUUUAAAUCGUAUAUCGAUGAGCAACGAACAAGAGGCAAUUUUGUCUUCUAUGGUGGAUCUACUAUACACUUUCGAUUCAGAAAUAAACUAAAUAAAAUAUGCCUGCAUGCAUCAAACCUGGAAGUUGAUGGUGCGUCGAUAGAAAUUGUUUUUACUCUUGACGGUAUUAACAAUGUAUCUUAUAUACCAAGAAUUCACACAUAUGAAAAUGAAGAAAUACAAAUUAUCGUUCUUUAUUUUGAUCAUCUUAAACUGUCUGAUUUGUAUGAUUACCAUAUAAACAUGAAAUUUGUUAGUAGUAUAACUGAUAUCACAGGAGGCUUUGUCAAGACACCCUAUGUAAAUAAUAAAGAAGAAAAAACGUUCGUCGCAGCAGCCAAUUUUCGGGGAAUUGGUGCCCGACAAAUAUUUCCAUGCUGGAAUGAGUCGGAUGUCAGGAUCAACUUUGUAAUUUCCAUAAAGCAUCAUAGUAAAUAUACGGUUUUAUCGAAUUCGCCGAUUGACCAGGUGGUUACAGAUGACUAUGGUAUAGUUUGGACACGCUUUCAGACAACAGAUAAAAUAUCCCUUUAUCAAAUAGCGGUUGUAUUGACCGAUCUCGAGCGCAUUCCUAAUACAACCGUGUGGUGCAGACAAAACGUGAAACAGCAGAUAAAAUUUGCACAACAAGUUGCUGAAAACGCCAAAUUAUAUUUGAAAAGCAUGUUUCCCGACGGACAGUUUCCAUCGAAAGUAGAUCAUGUUAUAGUCCCGGGUUUUCGAGACGAAGGCUUGGAAAUUUGGAGAUUCGUUUUCUAUAGGGAGACAGCUAUUAUCUACGAUGAAAAAUUAGAUUCUAUUGCGUGGAAAUUUGAAGUAGCACGCACGGUAGCGCGUAAAAUGGUACAUCAAUUUUUUGGAAACUCAAUCGGCCAAACUUGGUGGUCUUAUCUGUGGUUAAACGAGGGUAUUGCUUCGUUUUUGGCAAUGGAAAUUAUCAAAGAGCAUGGACAUUCCGACCUCGCGGAUUUACUGACAGUACAAUUUCAACAUGAGUCUCUCCGUUUGAAUGAUUAUUACGAUAUGCCUCUUAUAUCACAUGUCAAUACACUCUCUGACAUAAAUUUUCUUUUCCCUUUUACUUAUUACGUUAAAGCACCCAUUUUUGUACGCUCAUUGUUACAAAUAGUAUCCAUAGAUGCAUUUAAAACUGGUCUCAAUAGAUAUUUAAACACGUACCAGCUUAAAUCUAUCGAUACCUCGAGUAGCACAACCGACAAAUUCUUUGAUAUACUACAAGAAGUUCUAGAAAAUUCAAAUGAAUCAAACAUUAACUCAACGAAAAAAUUGACAACUUAUUGGACAAAGCAAAAACGCUAUUUUACACUGAAACUAACACGAGAAUCUGCUGAAGAUGACGUCGAAAUAACAUUGCAAGAACAUUUUGUUAAAUCACGUGCGAAAAAGUUGUGGAUACCUGUGACUUAUAUUACACAGAGCGCUCCCAAGAUUACUAAGAAAAGCUGGAUAAAUAUGUACAUGCAAAUUUUAGACUUAGAAAAUAUUAAGAUAAGUGACUGGGUUAUUGUUAACGUACAACAAACUGGAUACUAUCGUGUUAAUUAUGACUACAAUAAUUGGCAAAAAAUUAUAAUAUAUCUAAAUUCAACGGAAUAUUUCAAAAUACAUGUACUUAAUCGUGCUCAGAUCAUCGAUGAUGCAUACUAUUUUCUAUUAAAUGACAAAUUCGAAUUCUAUUUCUUCAAAGCUCUCACGUCUUGUUUAUCAAGAGACACAAAUUAUGUAGCGUGGUAUCCUAUGUUUAAAAUUAUGGAAGAGGUAUCGAGUUUUUUCCCAUUUCCACAAAGUACGGAAAUAAAGGAACACUUUCUGAAAAUCUUGGAAUCUGUUCUGAGCAAGAUAGGAUAUAUAGACAGGGUGAAAGAGGAUAUUUUUAUUAAAUAUUUAAGACAAGAAGCCGCAAAAUGGGCGUGCACUCUGAAUUCCUCGCAGUGCACCACUACUGCCGUUUUUGGAUUAAUGUGGCUUUACAAACAGCCUGAAUCAAUUUUGCCGGGAUGGAAGGAAUGGAUUUAUUGUAAAGGAAUGAUGGUAGUCGAUAAUGCUACUUGGAAUGAUGUAUGGAAUGCAGGAAUAUCGCAUAACAUACUUUUAAAAUUUUUAGCGUGCUCUGAAAAUUGUACCAUCAUCAUCGAUUACAUCGAUCGAUUGAAAUCAGGAUAUUUUACUAAUGCUCAACACCGUAUUACAGUUUUUCAUUCCAUUAUUGCACGACAUGCGAAAAAUGACUUGGUCCUCAAUUAUAUAUUAAAAAAUUUUAAAAAUAUAGUACCUUGCGAGAUUGACAAGUAUGUAGCGUUAACAGAUAUUAUCAAUCACAUAUAUUCUUAUAAUCAACUUAAAAAGAUACCUGACACGAGAAUUAUUAUGGAAUUAUUAAAAUUAUUGUUAGGUGUUAAUCUAAUAUUCAUUGCUAUAAAAGCUGUUACCGGCAAGGUCUCAUUGGCUGAAGUAAAUUGUCGUAGAGAGAUGCAGUCACUAAAUAUAUUGGGCUAUGAUAUCAACUUAACGCCAUAUAUCAAUGAAGAUGACUAUAAAAAUACAACUGUUUAUGAAAAAUUUAAAUCAUAUAUUGACGAGCAACGAGCGACAGGCAAUUUUGUCUUCUAUGGUGAAUCUACUAUGUAUUUUCGAUUCAAAAAUAAACUAAAUAAAAUAUGCCUGCAUGCAUUAAACCUGGAAGUAGAUGGUGCGUCGAUAAAAAUUGUUUUUACUCUUGACGGUAUUAAACAUAUGUCUCACAUAUCGAGAAUUCACACAUAUGAUAAAGAAACGCAAAUUAUUGGGCUUCAUUUUGAUGAUCUUUGGCUGCCUGAUUCGUAUACUUACCACAUAACCAUGAAAUUUGUUGGUAGAAUAACUGAUAUCACCGGAGGCUUUGUCAAGACAUCCUAUAUAAACAAUGAAGGAGAAAAAACGUGGUUCGUCGCAGCAGCCGAUUUUCAGGGAAUUGGUGCCCGACAAAUAUUUCCAUGCUGGGAUGAGCCGGAUGUUAGGAACAACUUUGUAAUUUCUAUAAAUCAUCACAGUAAAUAUACGGUUCUAUCGAAUUCGCCGAUCGACCACGUGUUUACAGAUGACUAUGGUAUGGUUCACACACGCUUUCAGAUAACAGAUAAAAUAUCCCCUUAUCAAGUAGCGGUUGUACUAUCCGAGCUCGAGCGCAUUCCUAACACAACCGUGUGGUGCAGACAAAACGUGAAACAGCAGAUAAAAUUCGCACAGCAAGUUGCUGAAAAUGCCACAUUAUAUUUGAAAGGCAUGUUUCCUGACGGACAGUUUCCAUCGAAAGUAGAUCAUGUUGUAGUCCCGGGUUUUCAAGACGAAGGCCUGAAAAGCUGGGGGCUCAUUCUUUAUAGAGAGACAGCUAUUAUCUACGAUGAAAAAUUAGAUUCCAUUGCGUGGAAAUUUGAAGUAGCACGCACGGUAACGCGUAAAAUGGUACAUCAAUUCUUUGGCAACUUGGUCGGCGAAUCUUGGUGGUCUUAUCUAUGGUUAAAUGAGGGUAUUGCAUCGUUUUUGGCAAUGGAGAUUGUCAAAAAGUAUGUACAUUCCGACCUCACGGAUUUAUUGACAGUACAAUUUCAACAUGAGUCUCUCCGUUUGAAUGAUUAUUACGAUAUGCCUCUUGUAUCCAAUGUCGUUACACCUUCUGACAUAAACUCUCUUUUCUCUUUUACUUAUUACGUUAAAGCACCCAUUUUUGUACGCUCGUUAUUGCAAAUCGUAUCCAUAGAUGCAUUUAAAACUGGUCUCAAUAGAUAUUUAAACACGUACCAGCUUAAAUCUAUCGAUACCUCGAGUAGCACAACCGACAAAUUCUUUGGUGUUCUACAAGAAGUUCUAGAAAAUUCAAAUGAAUCAAACAUUAACUUAACAAUAAAAUUGACUUAUUGGACUAAGCAAAGGCGCUAUCCCAUAUUGGAUAUAACGCGAAAAUCUGCUGAAGACGAUGUCGAAAUAACAUUGCAAGAAUAUUUUGAUGAGUUAUAUGAUGUGAAAAACUUGGGAAUACCUGUGACUUACAUUACGCAGAGCGCUCCUAAUAUUACAAAGAAAAGAUGGAUGAAUCCGUACAAGCAAAUUUUGUACUUACCAUGUAUUAAUACAAGUGACUGGAUUAUUGUCAACGUACAACAAACUGGAUACUACCGUGUUAAUUACAAGUAUAAUAAUUGGCAAAAACUUAUGAAAUAUUUAAAUUCAGAGAAAUAUCGUGAUAUUCAUGUCCUCAAUCGUGCUCAAAUCAUCGAUGACGCAUAUUAUUUUCUAUUAAAUAACAAACUCGACAUCCAUUUCUUCAAAAGUCUCACGUACUAUCUAUCAAGGGAGACAAAUUAUAUAGCGUGGUACCCUAUGUUCAAAAUUAUGGAAGAAGUAUCGAGUUUUUUCCCAUUUCCGCAAAGUAUGGAAAUCAAGGAACACUUUCAGAAAAUUUUGGAACCUGUUCUUAGUGAAAUAGGAUAUGUAGACAGGAUGAAAGAGAAUGUUUUUACUAAAUGUUUAAGACAAGAAGCCGCGAAAUGGGCAUGCACUCUGAAUUCUUCGCAGUGCACGACUGCAGCCGUUUUUGACUUAAUGUGGUUUUACAGACAGCCCGAACCAAUUUUGCCGGGAUGGAAGGAAUGGGUUUAUUGUAAAGGAAUGAUGGUAGCCGAUAAUGCUACUUGGAAUUAUGUAUGGAAUGCAGGAAUAUCGAAUAAUAAACCUUUAAAAUUUUUGGCGUGCUCUGAAAAUCAUACCAUCAUCAUCGAUUACAUCAAUCGAUUAAAAUCGGGAUAUUUUACUAAAGCUCAACACCGUAUUACAGUUUUUCAUUCCAUUAUUGCACGACAUGCGAAAAAUGACUUGGUGCUCGAUUAUAUAUUAAAAAAUUUUACAAACAUAGUACCUCGCGAGAUCGGCAAGUUUAUAGCGUUAACAGACAUUAUCAAUCACGUGUAUUCUAAUGAUCAACUUAGCAAGCUUUAUGACUGCGCACAAAAUAAUCUCUCUAAAAAAAUGUUUGAAUACGUUAUGCAAAAGAUAGAUAAACGAUCGUUUGAAAUCCGUGAACAUGUUUACUAUUUCAAGCAUUAUUUAAUGACGAAUUCUAUACUUAAACCAAGAAUCAUCAUGGAAUUAUUAAAAUUAUUGUUAGAUGUUAUUCUAAUAUUAAUAUCGGUAAAGGGCGCUUUCGGCAAUUCGCUGACUGAAGUAUAUUGUGUUAAAGAUACACAGUCAAUAAAAGUAACAGGUUAUAAUGUCGAAUUAACACCAUACAUCAACACAGAUGACUAUAAGCAUACAGAUACUUAUAAAAAAUUUAAAUCAUAUAUCAAUGAGCAACAAGCAAAAGGCAAUUUUAUCUUCUAUGGUGAAUCUGCUAUAUCUUUUAAAUAUACAGGUCAAACAAGUAAAAUAUGCCUGAAUGCGAUAAACCUGGAAAUAGAUAAAACGGCAACAAAAAUUAUUCGUUUUCAUGACGAUGGUAGUAAUGUGACUUAUGUGCCGUGGACUCACGUAUAUAAUAAACAAUCGCAAACUAUUGGCCUUUAUUUUAAAGACGUUUUCGAGCCUGAUCAUAGUGAUCAUCCUUACCGUCUAAUCAUGAAAUUUGUCGGUAGUAUAACAGAUAACACAGGAGGCUUCGUCAAAACAUCCUAUCUAAAAAAUAACAAAGAAAAUACAUGGUUCAUCGCAGCAGCCGAUUUUCAAGGAAUUGGGGCCCGACAAAUAUUUCCAUGCUGGGACGAGCCGGAUAUCAGGACCACAUUUAUUAUUUCCAUAAAGCAUCAUAAGAAUUAUACAGCUAUAUCAAAUUCGCCGGUUUACUUCAAGGUGCCUAAUAAAGAUGAUAUGGUUUCGGUCUCGACAUACUUCGAAACAACGUAUAAAAUAUCUCCUUAUCACGUAGCGGUUGUAUUGUCCAAUCUCGACAAAAUUUCUAAAAAUGUGUGGUGCAGAAAAAUCGUCGAACCGCAAACAAAAUUCGCACAGUUACUUGCUGAAAACGCCAAAUUGUAUUUGAAAAACAUGUUUUACGAAGGACAUUUUCCACCGAAAGUAGAUCAUGUUGUAGUCCCGGGUUUUCGAGACGAAGGCCUGGAAAGUUGGGGUCUCGUUCUUUAUAGGGAGGCAACUGUUACUUAUAAUAAAAGUUUAGAUUCCAUUGCGACCAAAUUUCAAGUAGCACGCAUAGUAGCGCGUAAAAUGGCACAUCAAUACUUUAGUAAUCUAAUCGGCCAAACUCAGUGGAAUUAUCUGUGGUUGAACGAAGGCAUUGCUACGUUUUUAUCAAUGAAGAUCGUCAAAGCGUUUGUACAAUUCCAACUGAUGGAUUUACUCGCAGUACAAUUUCAACAUGAGUCUCUCCGUUUGAAUGAUCAUUACGAUAUGCCUCUUGUACCUCCAAAACUUGUUAUUGCACCGUCUGAUGUAACUUCUCUUUUCUCUUUCACUUAUUAUGUUAAAGCACCCGUUUUUAUACGUUCAUUGCUACAAAUAAUUCCGGAAGAAACAUUUAUCCGAGGUCUUAAUAGUUAUUUAAGCGGAUACCAACUUAGAUCCGUUGAAUCCAUUAACACAAUCAGCAUAUUCUUCGGUGCUCUGCAAAAAAUGGAGUCGUAUGACUUAACAAGGAUAAUGAAUGAAUGGACAACCCGAACUAAUUAUCCCAUACUGCAGAUGACACGAGAAUCUUCUGAAGACAAAAUCGAAAUAACUUCGCUACAAUAUCGUCAUACGCGAUCACAUCCGAAAAACUUGUCGAUACCUGUGACUUAUAUCACACAGAAUGCUAUCAAUGAUAUAAAGCAAAGAUGGCUGACACCCGAAACGCCAAUUGUACAUUUAACUGAAAUUAAUACAAACGAUUGGAUUGUCAUCAACGUACAACAAAUUGGAUAUUAUCGUGUUAAUUACGACAAUGAUAAUUGGCAAAAACUUAUGGAAUAUCUAAAUUAUUCAAAGGGAUAUGUCAAUAUACAUGUACUUAAUCGUGCUCAGAUCAUUGAUGAUGCAUAUUAUUUUCUAUUAAAGAACCAACUCAAUUUCCGUCUCUUCAAAACUCUCACGUACUAUCUAUCACGUGAAACAAAUUAUGUAGCUUGGUAUCCUAUGUUCAAAAUUAUGGAAGAGGUGUCGAGCUUUUUCCCAUAUCCAGAAAGUACGGAAAUCAAGGAACACUUUCAGAUAGUCUUGGAUCUUGUUCUAGCAAAAAUAGGAUAUGCAUCCAUUAGUGGGGAUAUGUCGAAGGAUGAUGAUUUUAUUAUAUGUUUAAGACAAGAAGUUGUGAAAUGGGCAUGCAUUCUGAAUUCUGAGCAGUGUGAGAAUAAUGCCAUUCAUAAAUUAAAACUGCAUAAGGAAAGAUCAACUGACGUGCCAGAAAUGAGGAAAUGGAAAUAUUGUAACGGACUGAUGUCAGCGGACAAUACUUUUUGGAACAGAAUGUUGAAAACUGAAGUAUUAGAUACUAACCUUUUAAAAUCUUUAGCGUGCACUAAAGAUCAUUCCAUCAUCAUCAGUUAUCUCAAUUUAUUGAAAUCGGGACAUUUUACUGAAGCACAACACCGUAUUACAGUUUUCCAUUCUAUUAUUGCACGACAUGCGAGAAAUAACUUAGUGCUCGAUCAUAUUAUGCUAAAUUUCCGAGAUCUAGUACCUAGAGAGAUCGACACGUUUGUAGCGUUAAUAGACAUUGUUAAUCAUGUGUAUUCUUUAGAUCAAUUAUUUGGCAAGGUUUAUAAAUAUGUACUAAAUAAUAUCCCUAAGACUAAUAAAAUAUUUUCAUAUUUUAUCAAAAAAGCAGAUACACGAGUGUCAGAAAUUGAUGACCUUCUUAGAUAUUUCAAGAAUUCUUUAAUGACGAAGUGA